UGUCUGCUUUGCCUGCUGCUUCCAUGUGAGCUGCAGUGUUCCUUCCCUCCUCCCCUCCCUGUACAGCAGCCCUCCCCCCUCUUUUGUGAGGUCUGCAGAUAAGAGACAGAAGGGAUAGGGCUGGCAGGCGAUCAGUACUAUUUCAUUGCACCAGGAGGAGGUGAAAACAGAGAAGAGUGGAAAAAAAGAGAGACCAGGGCACUGCAGAAAAGGAGGAGAGAGAGGAAGAGCCGUGCUGCCAUACUGUGUGUUUGAUAGAGGGAACCGGUAAAGAUGCCACUACUGAUGAUCACAAAAAAGAAAAGGGAGUCAGGUUUGUAGGAGGCUGAAUGGAGAUUAAUCCACUGAGAAGCAGCCAAGAAAGGCAACCUUGCUGUCACACUUUCUCCAGUAUUCCUGAGCUGCCCAGUUCCAGGCUACAAUUUGAUUUAUGCCGUGUAUAAACAGGGAAAUUGUUAUGGAUUAUCUGACUGGUACUGCAAUGCCAGGUGCUAUCUAAGUUGAGUAAAGCGCAUUGGCCAGGCUCACAUACAGCACUGUUAGCCUGCUGUGCAUUGAUCUCCCCUUCUUCAUUGCCCUGCGACACUGAGAAAGGAGGCACGUUGGUAUCAAAAGACCCUAUAAAAUGGCUACUCUGCUGCGGAAAAUAGGACUGAUUCGGCUUCAUGAUAGGGACACGGAAGACCCUAAGCAUCAUCAUCAUCAUCGCAGCCAGCAAGGGUCGCUGAAGGGUAGCAAAGGAAAGCACAACAGCAACAAGCAACAGCAGCAGCAAGGAGGCUCAGCAGGAGGAGGUGGUGGGAGCAGUGGGGGAGGUAGUAGCGGCUGCUGCAGCAAUAACACCACAACUACUGAUGGCAUCCUUGGCCAGCCUGAGAUCAAGGGCAAAAGGGCUGAGCAGGGCCACAAGGACAAGCACUGUACUGCAGGGGGUAAGGAAAAGAAUAGUGCUAGAGAGACCAGUACCCCAACCAUCACCAAUGAGUCCAAACAGCAAGGAGGUGUUGCAGGAAAUGGAGGAGUAGGUGGGAAGCAAAGUGGGGGCUCUUCCUUGCAACCCCUGGUGCCUCCAAAUCGGCAGCAUUGUACUCAGGUGAGGAGCAGAAGACUGAUGAAAGAGCUGCAAGACAUCCGCAAGCUGAGUGAUCACUUUAUCUCUGUGGAGCUGGUGGAUGACAGCCUGUUCGAUUGGAAUGUCAAACUGCACCAGGUGGACAAGGACUCCACCCUCUGGCAGGACAUGAAGGAGACCAACACAGAGUACAUCUUGCUCAACCUGACAUUCCCAGACAACUUCCCCUUCUCGCCUCCCUUUAUGCGGGUGCUUAGUCCCAGGCUUGAGAAUGGCUAUGUGCUGGAUGGUGGGGCAAUCUGCAUGGAGCUGCUCACCCCCAGAGGAUGGUCCAGUGCCUACACGGUGGAAGCAGUGAUGAGACAAUUUGCUGCAAGCCUUGUCAAGGGACAGGGACGCAUCUGCAGAAAAGCUGGCAAAUCCAAAAAAGCCUUUAGCCGCAAAGAGGCAGAAGCAACAUUCAAAAGUUUGGUGAAGACCCAUGAAAAGUAUGGCUGGGUAACCCCACCUGUGUCUGAUGGCUGAUGGAUAAAAAGCUUAAGAGAAGAUAGACUUUUAGGAAGGGAAAAGAAAACAACCUCACCGAGAAAAUGAAUAUAUUUAAAAUGAAAUCACUAUGCCAUCUUCUCAGUGCUGUAUAUCAUCCAUCCAUCCGUCCUUUUCUACUUCAGCUUCAGUUUGAGAAUGUGACUGACAGGAAAACUUAAUUUAUUUAUGUUCAGAUGUGUUUACACUGGAAUUUAUGAAAGGAAUGUAGAACGUGGAAAAAAGGUCGCGCUACAAUCAUGUUUCCAGACUUAUGAGCGAUCCUCUUCAGAUCACUGUAGUGUGGAGAUUGAGAUUGCUUCAUUUGUCCAUUCUAGACGCAUGAUUUUUUGGCUUCUUUCCAUGACAGCAGUUCCAAAAGGCAGCAGUGGAAAUUCCAUCUGUGGUUGCUCGGUUUAUUUAAAUGUAAAUGAAGCCGUUAAUAUUUAAUAGGCAAGCAGUGCAUUGCAGGUACAUGUUUGCUGUGCUGUUUAUCUUUGUCUUUUUUCCUGCCAGGUCAACACAAUUUUGAAGAUUUGUCUUUAUGUGGAGCUGUGGUCCGCUGUGACUCAAAAUUUAGACCUCAUUUGUGUUCAAUGUGAUCUGUGUUGGAUAACUGACGAAAUAAAACAGUGGAAAAAAAAUAAAAAAGAGUUAUAGUGUGGAGCUAUUGUAAAAUAAAAAUCACUUGAAACAUUCAA